CAUUAUGGUUUGCCACCUUGUUGGUAACUUGACAUGUUUAUCUUGCAGGUGUUAGAUUACAGUCGGACUGUUUGGGCAAUCUAUUGAGGCUGUCACUAGACAAGGUUCUAGCUGGGAUGAAUGAAAUUGCAGUAGAAGCAAUCAAUGGCACUGAACUUAUUAACUUGACCCCCAGCUUGGCUGUUCAGUGUGGCUACAGUAUGGAAUCUGAUCCAUGGGGUAAUGCCAGGAUCUACACAUCUCUAAUGGGCUGCUAUGUGGACAACAAAGAGGACACUACAUUUAACAUUGGCUUCAGGCUCCACGUCUACAGUCCAACAUCAGGCAACUCUACUCACGAAGUGAAGAAAACCUGCAUCUACUCCCGCUGGGCUUCACAAGAGAUUCUCUGUGACAGGAACUACAUGGAGGUAUCAAACUAUGUGGGUUCACUCAAUGUGAAGACUGAUUCUAAAGGACAGGAUCAAGAUUAUGCCAAAACAAGCGUGACAGGACAUGGUAUCUGGAAGAUGACAUUUUUCACUCCAGAACCAGUGGUUAUGAUGCCAAGGGAGAUUAAACAAGCUGGUUAUGGUGCAACAGUGACCCCCAACCGUAUCGUUAUAAGAACACCAUAUGAUACAGCUGAGACGUAUUCUGAAGAUGUGGCUGCAGUCCCCAUGCAAAUAUUCAAAGUCGCAGUCUACCACACAGGCCCAGGUGGCUUGAACAUCUUUAACUUGGUAGCUGCUUGCCCUACAGGUGGCAUCAUCUUUACUGAAGAUGUAAUUUCUUGGCACAUACCUCUCCGUGUAGCACCACUGUUGACUGGUGGAAUUAAAAUCAUGGAAAAGCACAUGGGCAUCAACGGGCAGAGGCUGGAUAACAAUCAAAUGACCUCCAGGGGAUACAAGCUCACUACUACAGACUAUCACAUUAUUGUUGAGAUCCCAGUGGGAUCACCUGAUGGCUACUACAAGAGCCAUGCCCUAGACAACAGCUACUACAUCAGCUAUACUGUGGAACCCAUGGUUGAGGUGCUGUGGCGAGCAGAUGACUCCAGAGCUGACACCAGAUACAAGAUUCUCUUCCCUAUUACCACUCCACUGAUGCCACACCAGCCUGUCAUCUCUGAUAAUACCAUCCCAGAGGACAGGAUUUUCAGUGUUGUCCUGGGGCCCUUUCUUCCAGAUGUCAUGCUAAGGAAUAUCACCUUUUCUACUGAGACGCUCUCUAUCGAGGAAUGCAGUGCCAGAGGCUUCCUAGUCCAGGAGCACAAAGCCAUCAAUGGCUCAAAGCUAUUUUCUCUGCAAGUGCCUUUUGAUGACAAGAUUAUCACAACUCUUAAUCCUGAACCAUUGGUCACAGUUUACACCCUCUCACUGGUCUUUGGGUUUGUCAUCAUGCCUGAAGAAAGCCUAUUUAGCUAUGCAGCUGACUUUGAACAAUUGCUACAAGAUGUUGUCCUUCCUACUAUAUCUGGCACUUGUGAUGAGAACAACUUCUACAUCAGCGUAAAAUAUGGGAGUCAAGGCCACAGCUUCCAGUCAGUGAUUGGUGCCCAACAAUUGACACCUGAGCUUGCUGAGGCUUAUAACGUCCAUGAAAAUGGGACACACUUUCAUCUCACAGUACCUUAUGUCUCCCAGGAUGCUGUCUUUGAGCUGGUGAAUUCUGACUCGGUAAGAGCCAGAAUCAACUUGAUUCUCUACAGCAGCAGCAACAACUGGAAACUUAAUGACUACUACAUGUCCUGCAACUUCCCACUGGCAGCAGUUGAGUGCUACCCCAAUGGAACCAUCACUGCAACUGCUGUAAAGGUGGAAUCUGUGCCCAAUCUCACCCCAAGCUUGUUGACUCUAAAAGACAAGAACUGCAAACCAGCCUUCAGCGAUGACCAGUUUGCACACUUCACAUUCACAGCUGACUCUUGUGGCACCACAAGAACAUUCUUCAGCAACUACAUGCUGUAUGAAAACGAGAUCAUGUUGCCCUACCACAAGGGAGCAGUUGGCGCAGGACCAGUCUACAGGCAAAGUGUUUCUUGUUAUUACAUGAUCAAUGAAACUGACACAGUCCUGUUCAAGCACAAACCAAGCAUCACUGAACCUGCAGCAGAGAUUGGAUCUGGACACCUAAUGGUACACAUGAGGCUUGCUCAAGAUGAGUCCUAUAAAACCUUCUACCGACCUGAAGACUACCCAGUAGUGAAAUACUUGAGGCAGCCUCUCUAUUUUGAGGUAGAGCUGCAGGUUCCUGAUAACCACUUGGAACUCUUCCUGGAGAACUGCUGGGCCACUGUUCAGGAGAACAGAACUUCUCUGCCCAGCUGGGACAUAAUUGUGGAUGGCUGUGUGAACAAGGAUGAUGCCUCUGCAACAAUGUUCCAUCCUGUUGCAAGUCAUGCCACUAGCUUCCCUCAGCACAUCAAACGCUUCUCGGUCAAGAUGUUCACCUUUGUCAAAGAUGAUGACGUCCUGAAAGAUGAGAUCUAUGUCCACUGUGAUGCUGUCGUUUGUGACGAUAAAAACAGGCAUGUAGAUGCAGCCUGCAAGGGCCAAUGUGUAAACCCCACCGGUAAAAGUAAUGCAAAACUCCAAGCAGUCAAAGUAAAGAGGGAACCAAGAAGUGCAAGCUCAACUUCCCAAAAGGUCUCCUCUGGACAAAUUCUGUUAAAAUAAGCUUCUGAAUAAAGAUUUCUUAAAUGAA